ACAAGACGUGAACAUCACAACAUAUGCUAAUACCAUUCCAAUCAGUGAAACUAGUGGAAAAUCAUGGAAUCAAGAACACUUUGCUUGGACAUUUCCCAGACCAUCCAUGCCAAGUAGAAAAGAGAAAGCAAGACCUUCAGAAUUACAAAUCACAGUUUCUAGGCAAGACCAAAGAAAACUAGAGGAAGGUCAGAAGCCAGCUCAUAUAUGGAUAAGGCAUUCUUUUAGAAAAAUUUUUCAAAGGCCAUCCAUUUACCUAGCUAUCGGGAUACAGGCUCCAUUCAGACAUCAUUAUAAUCCCAAAACCCGUGAUAUAAGGGCAGAAAUUAAAACGUCAAAAGAUGUUAAAAAUAGAACAAUUUUAGAGAAUUAUUCCAAGAAAGAAACAGGCCCAUAUGUAGCAAAUCCAGAAUCCAAGAAAAUAGUAAAAGAUGAUAAGCCUAAAAGAAUAAGUAAAGGAGAUAAAACUCCAUCAAAAACAUCAUUUGAAAGUGAAAUAUUUAAGAAAUCAAAAUCCAAAUCAGAAAAAAAUCCAGAAUUCAAAUAUUCUAAGUUAGGCUCUAAAACAUAUUCAAAUAAAGAUAUGAAGAAUACAAUGAAUUCCAAGAAGAGAGAUACUGAAUCCACAUACUCAAGAAACAAUCCAAAGAAAGACUCUAAGGUGAUCUUAAAGAAGAAUUCUGAUGGCAAAUCAGAGACUUGCUCAAUAAAUAUUUCAAAUGUAGAUUUAAUUAUGUAUUUGGAGGAGAUUGUUACUAAAUUCAUGGAUGUCAAUACAUGGUCAAAGAAUUAUUCACAGAACAAUUCAAAGAAAGAUGCAAAGAAGGAAAAAAAGGAGGGGAAAAAGAAGGGCGGAAAGAAAGGCUCUGAUGCAGAAUCUGAAGACUCAAAAGAUGCAAAGAAGAAGGAUAAGAAAGGUGGAAAGAAGGAUAAGAAGAAGGAUUCAAAGAAGGACACAGAGUCUACUGAUGCUGAAUCUGAAGAGUCAAAAGAUGCAAAGAAAGAUGAUAAGAAGGAUAAGAAAUCAAAGAAAGGUGACAAGAAGAAGAAUUCAAAGAAGGACACAGAGUCCACUGAUGCUGAAUCUGAAGAGUCAAAAGAUACAAAGAAAGAUGAUAAGAAGGAUAAGAAAUCAAAGAAAGGUGACAAGAAGAAGGAUUCAAAAAAAGAUGCAGCCUCUACUGAGGAGUCUGAAUCUGAAGGGGAUACCAAAAAAGGUAAAAAGAAGGGCAAGAAAGAUGCCAAAAAGAAGAAGGAUGCAGGAUCUACUGAUGCUGAUUCUGAGUCUGAAGGGGAUACCAAAAAAGGUAAAAAAGGUGAAAAGAAGGGCAAGAAAGAUGCCAAAAAGAAGAAGGGUGAAGAGUAUACUGAAAGUGAGACUGAUGCAGAGGCAAUAGAUGGUAAGAAAGGUUCAAAGAAAGAGUCCAAGGAUGCAAAGAAGGAAAUAGAGUCUACUACGGAUGACUCUGAUAAAUCACUAAAUAAACAGGAUUCUAAAAAGAUAACUGAGGACUCAGAUGCCACUUCCACAGAUUCAAGGAAGGCACCAACAGACCUGAAGAGAGGUGGAUCCAGAAUGUCAUCCAAAAAGACUACUUUCCAAGAAAAAGAGAAGCAAACAAUUUCAGGUAGAGUUCCUCCAACAAGAGAAAGACCACCACUCCCUCCUUGUGAGCCUUUUUUACCAUCACCUAAAGUGAAACGUGUCUCUCAGUGCAAGAUGCCUCCUCCACCUCCAAAACAAAGAUAUGCUCCUUUGCCUGAAGCAAAGUGGAUUCAUAAGCUGCUUUAA